AUGGAGUCGGAACAGCGGCGCAGCUCCAAUAUUCUCGGCUUUCCCGUCGAAAUGCCGCAGCUGACCCAGAUGCAGGCGAUUAAGGAUGACUUGCUCGCAAUGCCAUCACUGGAAAAGGCGCGCGGGUUCUUCAACACGAUGUUCAGCUACUUCCACGGGCCGUCAACGCAGAACAGUGUCGGCGACAAAACGCUCAGCUCCAAGCAUCAGCCCUAUCACACGCCACAGGUCGACCGAAAGGCCCAGACCCAGUCCCCAGCGCGCCGUGGCAGCAUGGAUGCGACGAACGGCAAUGUAAAACCCAACGAGGGGACAAUGGCCCGGGUACAUCACCCGAAUAUCGAGUCGUGGGACCCGGACGUUUAUGAGAAGGAACUGCUGAGGCGCACGUGGAGUGAUGAUUUUGAUUUUCUCUACGAGCUCGGCGCCGCCAUCUACUGCUACAUCUUUGACCACAACCCCAACUGCAAGAAGCUGUUCCCCUUCAUCUCCACGUAUAAUGGUGACGAAUGGAAGCACAGCAAGGAAUUCCGUUCCCAAGCCCUCAAAUUUGUGCAGACCCUUGCCCAGACAGUGAAGAACGUGUAUCACAUGGAUCGGGUCGAGAUCUUCCUCUACACGAUUGGCCAGAAACACGUGAAAUUCGCCGAGCGCGGCUUCAAAGCGGAGUAUUGGAAUAUAUUCCAGGAUGCUAUGGAAUAUUCCUUGUCAAGCCACAUGAACAAUUUGAAGGAUUUGGAUGAAGCGCAGAAGAAGGACGCUGUUCGGGUGUGGCGUACGCUGGCGCUCUACGUAACGACACACAUGAGCCACGGGUUCUUCGACGGAAUGCGAGGGGUCAACAAAUUUGCAGAAAGCCCA